AUGGGCAUCAGAGACGGAGAUGACGCACGGGGCGAGAACAGUGAUAGGGCCUUCACCAACACGACUCUUCCAUCAUUCACUUGGCCCGAGACGGCCUUUUCACUCAACUUUACUGUCGACUAUGGCAGUGACAUCAAGCCUGGAAGGGCGGUGGAAUCACUACACCGUGGGUGGGCUAGAAUCCAUGCGAUCAGAUAUGGCCUUGUACAGCGGCCCCGACAUGGCCUGGCCGCGGACUGGACCGGUGGAUGGUUCGUAUGGCAUCCGUAUGGAGCAAUCGGACAUCCAUGGAACAAAGGUAGCCCCAUCGCAUUGUCACGCAAGUUGUUAACCGCCAGCAUUGUGACCCAAAGUUCUGGAGACAGUAGUUUACAUGACGUUUUCAACAUCUAA